GGCAUUUGGUCGAAAACUCAACUGUUAUUAAAAGAAUUUUGGAUGAUAAGGAAAAGUGUAACUUAUUUCUGAAUCGUUUCCCAUAUGAUCAACUUUUGAACUUUACUACAGUGGAGGGACCUUUUGUAAUGAUGUGCGUCAGACUGCUUGAAUUAUUUGUAAAUUGUGAAGAUUUUUACGGUUAUGAUGAGAGAAUUAAUUAUGCUCUGGAAUAUAUUCUGAUAAAUUUGUCUCACGUUACAAGAGAUGGUAAAGAAACGUUGUUCCUGCUGCGACUUCUAUCAAAACUUUUAUACAGGAACAACAGUUGCAUGGAUCAUUCAUUUAGGAAUAUUUUUGACAAAGAACGAAUAAUGGAAGUGUUAUUAAAGUUAACAAAGUUAAAAUCAAUACAAAAGUCUAAUUUUGCGUUUUAUGCAGCUAUUCUAACUAGACUUUUGGAUCCAAAUUUUUCAGACUCACUAAAUCACUUGUUGUCUGCUUUGUUUGACGUUUUCCAAAAAUAUGAAUUGCGGACAGAACAGAUCGUCGUUUGCAAACUCAUAUUGGCCAGCUCAUCGAAAAUUUUGAAAACUGCAUUCAAAAAUGUUUGGGACUGGCUAAUUUGGGAAUGUCCGACGCUAUUAAGUAAGAGUGUCGAUUUAAAUGUGUUAGAAGAUAUUAUUCAUUGUUUAACAACAUCUAUGGAUAUAUGGCUAAGAGAAAAAAACACUCAAGACAAUCCUUCAAUAUCCUGGAAACAAAUUAACAAAUUAUUUCAAAAUUUGUACAAAUUGCUAUAA